CCAUUCCAUACCGCCACGCCGUUUUCUCCUUUCAAAAGUAACCGAUUUGGAUCUCGCCCGUUGUGAUCACCUGGUGGGCCAUAUUCCCGGAGGAUUGGAGAGAUGGAGAAGAGACAGAGAGAAAAGCCCAGUCGGCCUCCAUUCGGCGAUUCACGCGUAUGAUCCACAUGUUUUUGAUCCCUGAGCUUGUUGGAGACGAGCUGCAUCGCAAGGAGGGCGUAUGUGGGAAGUACCUACUUGCUGCUGUAUGCUUUGUCUGGGCCGGAUUAUCGCUAAACUCUUUCCAGGCGGAUGCCGGAUGUGACCGCCUGUGGAUGUUUGUGCCGUAG